GUCGCCUGAAUCCACCACCGACACCGUCAAGCAAGCUCAAGCUCAAAUCUCCUUUGGUUUGGAUCCUCUCAAUUUCCCGCAGGAUCCAGACGAUCCAAAAGCAUCACAUUAAUAUGAGACAGUGAGUGAGUGAGUGAGAAAGGAUAGUCCUCACUGCUCACUGAGCAGAGCAGAGGCCAUGAUGGAUUCCGGCGGCACCACCACUCGCCGGAGCAGCAACCCCGCCCGCCUCGACCCCACCGCUCCGCUACUCCUCGACAUGCCGACUACGCCGCCCGCAAAGCAGCCCAUCUCCUCCUCCUCUGCCUCCUCCUUUUCCUCCCUUCUAUUUCUCCCUUUCUUUUCCUCCUCCUCUUCUUCUUCUUCUUCUUCCUCCUCCUCAACCGUCUUCACCGCCUUCAUUAUUGGCGCUUGGUACUUCUCCAACAUCGGCGUCCUCCUCCUCAACAAGUACCUGCUCACCGUCUACGGCUUCCGCUUCCCCAUCUUCCUGACCGCGCUCCACAUGGCUGCGUGCUCGGUCUAUGGCCUCGCCGCCGUCCGCGGCCUCCGCCUCGUCGCCUACCAGCCGCUCGCCUCCCGCGCCCACCUCCUCAAGGUCGCCGCCCUCGCCUCCAUCUUCUCGCUCUCCGUCGUCUCCGGCAACGCCUCCCUCCGCUUCCUUCCCGUGUCGUUCAACCAGGCCGUCGGCGCCACCACCCCCUUCUUCACCGCCCUCUUCGCCCUCGCCCUCACGCGCCUCCGCGAGCCGGCCGCGGUCUACGCCGCCCUCCUCCCCGUCGUCCUCGGCAUCGUCCUCGCCGCCAACAGCGAGCCGCUCUUCCACCCCCUCGGCUUCCUCCUCUGCCUCGCGUCCACCGCCGGCCGCGCCCUCAAGUCCGUCGUCCAGGGAAUCCUCCUCUCCUCCUCCGACGUCGAACCCGCCGACAAGCUCAACUCCAUGAAUCUCCUAAUGCACAUGGCCCCCAUCGCCGCCGCCAUCCUCUUCCCCCUCGCGCUCUGCUACGAGCCCGGCGUCCUUGCCGCCGCAGCCGGCAAGAUCCGCGCCGACCCCUCCCUCGCCCUCCUCCUCUUUGCCAACGCCACCGUCGCCUACCUCGUCAACCUCACCAACUUUCUCGUCACCAAACACACCAGCGCACUCACUCUCCAAGUGCUAGGCAACGCCAAGUCCGCCGUCGCCGCCCUUGUCUCCGUCCUCGUCUUCCGCAACCCCGUCACCGUCAUGGGCGUGCUCGGCUUCGGCAUUACCAUAGCCGGCGUCGCCCUCUACAGCGAGGCCAAAAAGAGGUCCAAACCAUCAUCGUAAUCGAAUCCAUUCCGAAGAAAAAACAGAGACAAAAAAAUUUGCAAAAUUUCCAUUAAUCGAUUGGCGGUGUCGUCAUUUCCAUGAUAACUUUGAUCUCUGUCUCUUAAAGCAUAAGGGAUAAGGACGGAGAAUCUAUUCCAGGAAACACUUCCUUUGAUCACAAGAUUGGAAUUUCUAUUUUCUAUUUUUUUUUUCAUUUUCCUUUUGGCAAUUGUUACAAUAAAAAUUGUUCUUCGGCCAAUAAAUUAUUUCUAUUAUGUUCCUA